AUGUCCUGCUACUCCUACCACAUCAGCUCCAACCAGGCUGUCAGGAAUUCUGGAUCUUCUUCUGUAGUUCUUCCCAGGAAUCCAUGCAGUUUCAGCACUGCCUCGUGCCCCUGGGGCAGUGGCAUAGGCUGCCAUGGUUCAGGUUACUUCAGCAGCAGAAGUCUUGAUGGUCUGACACACUCCAGGCUCAGAACUUCUGUUGGAAGAUGUCCUCCAAGACGUGGAUAUGGCUUUGGGGCAGCUGGCACAGGGUUCAGCUACAGAGGUCCUGGCUUUUGCUACAAGGUUGGUGGAGUCUCCAGGCCAUGGAACAUCACACCCAUCACCAUCAACAAGCAACUGCUCCAACCACUCAGACUGGAACUUGAUCCAAACGUGCAAAAGGUGAAGUACCAAGAGAAGGAGCAGAUCAAGACCCUCAACAACAAAUUUGCUUCUUUCAUUGACAAGGUUCGACUCCUGGAACAGCAGAACAAGGUGCUGGAGACCAAGUGGAGCUUUCUGCAGGGUCAAAACCACUGCAAGGACACCAUCACGCCCAUGGUAGAGGCUCACAUUGGUAGCCUGAAGAAGCAGCUGGAAGCGCUGAGGAACCGCAGAGCCCAGCUAGAGACAGACCUGAGAGCAGCACAGCAGGUUUUGGAAAACAACAAGAAAAUGUACAAGGAGCAUUGCAGCCAGCAGACGUGCACCGAGAGCGAGUUUAUUGCCCUGAAGAAGGACGUGGACUGUUUUUUCUUAAACAAGGCAGAGCUGGAGGCCAAGGUGGAAAGCCUGAAAGAAGAGGCUGAAUUCCUGAGGGUGUUCUAUGAAGAGGAGAUCCACCAGCUGCGGGCCCAGACCUCGGAUACUUCAGUGGUUGUGCAGAUGGACAACAGCAGAGAUCUUGACUUGAGUGGGAUCACUGAGGAUGUCAAGACUCAGUACGAGGACAUUGCUCACAGGAGCUGGGCAGAAGCACAGGCCUGGUAUGAAAGCAAGUUUAAGGAGCUGCAAAUCACUGCAGGCAGGAAUGCUGACAGCCUGAGGGACACCAAGCCCAAGAUAGCUGAGCUAACACAGAGCAUCCAGAGACUGAAUGGAGAAGUCAGGAGCACCAAGGACCAGUGCUGGGAGCUGGAAGCUGCUGUGGCCAGAACUGAGCAGCGUGGGGACACAGCUGUGGAGGAUGCCAAACACAAACUGUCCGAGCUGGAGUCAGCCCUGCAGCAGGCCAAGGCAGACAUGGCCCAGCAGCUCGAUGAGUACCAGAAGCUCAUGAGCAUCAAGGUGGCCCUGGACAUUGAAAUCAUCACCUACAGGAAGCUGCUGGAGGGAGAAGAGAGCAGGAAAGCUGGGGAGGGGCUUGGGCCAAGGGCAGGAGGGAUGGGCCAAGCGGGAAGGGCUUGA